AUGGCACAAACUAUUGCAAAAGCGGCCAUCAGCCUAUACAUCUUGACUUUCAACUGCGGCAAAUCACUUAUCGAUCUUGACGCCGUAUCAUCCCAGCUCUUCUUAGGGCUCAGUACCUCGAAGCUCCCAGACAUCCUUGUUCUAUCUCUACAAGAAAUUGCACCAAUACCUCACUGCCUCAUCGGGGGAUCCUUCCUCGUUCCAUACUUUAGUCGAUUUCAUCAAGCUGUCGAGAAAGCGUCACGGAAAGCGGCUGGCACCACAGGCAAUGAUGGUGGAUUGAUAUACCAUCCUGUGGCGGCAAGGAAUCUGGGAAUGACGGGCAUAAUGGUGUUUGCGAAGGAUCCUACAGCUGUGUCGGAUGUAGAGACAGGUGGUGUGGGCGUUGGACUGGCAGAGAUGGGCAAUAAAGGCGCUAUUGGAGUACGGUUCACAUAUCAUGGCAAUGGGACAUCAACAGAAUUGGCUUUCGUCGCUGCACAUCUUGCACCCAUGGAGUCUGAGCUCGAACGCCGAAAUGAGGAUUGGAAGAAUAUUGUGCGGGGCCUGGUAUUUUCUUCGAAGUCUGUAGAUCGCACGAAUAUCGAGACGGCGACUUCGGCCGAAGAAAGACCGCUGCUUUCUAUUUCACCACGAGAUGCGUCGAUAUUCAAACCAACUUCACAUUUAUUCUUCGCAGGAGAUCUGAAUUAUAGGACUUCUAUUCUGUCGCCCUCACCUACAGAUCAUCAGGAUACCUUCCCUCAACCUUACCACGACGAGUCAUCGCCACAGCACUUCUCCAAGCUGUUCGAGAAUGACCAGCUCAAUCAGGAACGACUAGCAGGUCGAACGUGUCACGGCUUGACUGAAGCUCCUGUCACAUUCCCACCGACUUACAAAUACAGCCCCAAGGAACCAUUCCUCACUCCAGACGAAGAUCUCUCCAAAUGGCAUUGGGCUAGGCAUCGCUGGCCAAGUUGGUGUGACAGAAUUCUGUACCUGGAUAUCCCAUCCUGGGUCAGGAGCUCUCACCCGGAAGCAAAGAUCAUGACACACAAAUACUCGGCUCUCCCUCUGUGGCCUACAUCUGACCAUCGUGCCGUCGCCCUCGAUGUUUCUGUCCCCCUAAUUCCCAUCCCACCUCCAAAGGAAGACGAGCAAGGCGAUGAUCCGAGAAUACAUCCACCUUUCAAAGUAAACAUCGACUGGAGGACCAAGAGGGAGAGAGCAAGAGUCCUGGAGUUGGUGACUGGGUUCGCGAUGUACUUUACCACUACUCUGGAAGGAGGUGGAGUGUCCGUGGCGAUGUUGCUUGGAGCUGUUGGAGCGUUCUUUGCCAUUAGAGCUAUGCUUGAGAUGUGA